AUGGGUACACGUAAGUCUACGGGUAUGCAGAGGGUUGGUUAUUCGAAGGGUAAGGCUAAGAGUAAUGGGCUAGAAUUAAACAUGCCAGUGCAUGAUUCUGGGUCGAGAUUAAUGGUUGGUAAUUGUGUCAUUAAUGACGUUUAUUCCAAAGAUAAUGGAGCUGUUAAGCAGGAUUUUGAAUUACAAAACAAGGAUAAUGACACUUUAAUUUUGAAUUUAUCAUUAAAUCAGCAUAAUGGAUUGGGCUCUAGGGAAGAAAAUAGUUUUGGUCUUAGGCUAACUAAGGAGUUGGCUGAAGCCCAAUUGGUUAGUAACAGUGAUCGUUGGCCGAUUGACAAGAAGAAAAUUUCAUCCGAUGUCAAUGCAAGUAUUGCUGAAUCUAGAGCUAUGUUUGGUAAUUAUCCUUCUUUCGAUAUUUUGUAUCUUUUGCCCAAGGAAUCAUCUCAAGGUGUGGUUCCCAAUUCUGGGGAAAAUGUGUUUCACAGUUUGGGGAAUCGCUUUGGCAAUCUUGAGCUACUUGCCCUUGAAAAUCUUCCCGAGAGGAGUAAUGUUCUCCUGGCUUUGGCAAAUGAGAGCGCCAUAGGAACUAAGGGAGUGGGGGAAAGAGAUUACUUGGUUAAUGAAGUUAAUUGGAUUAGAGAUAUCGGAGCGUUGUUGCCUUCGUUACCAGUUCAAAAUCGCAACAGAGAGAAGAAGGCUUUGGCGAUUGAACUAGUCUCCAGAUCUGCUUCGGCAAUGACGAGGAGAAGGAGGAGCAGAAGAAGGAGAGUCUGUUAUCUGAAUAGUUAUGAGGUGGAUUUCAGCGGGGGACUGUUUCAUUUCCAGGAUGGGGAACCUACAACCAUUGUGCCCAUGGCUGGUGAUGUUGUGAUGUACACUGCUGACAGCAAAAACAUUCAUUCUGUUGAUGAGAUUACUGAUGGAGAAAGAAUCACGCUUACAUUGUGGUUCAGCCGUGAUGGAUCUCAUGAUGAAGAUGCUAAAUUGAUUUCUUUUCUCUCCCAAAAGCCGUUAAGUAGUUUGAACACCAAAUUUGAAGCAUACCUACCUAUGACAGGCUCCAAUAAUAUGUAUAGGUUUCCCCCUGAUAAAGCUUCAAAUUUGCAGUCUGAAUUUGACAUACGCUUUGCAAGGAUACACUUCCUUGGAUUCAAUCUUUAUUCUUCUCAGGACAAGAGUUUUUCAGCAGUAGAUUCAUCUUGCAACUUCUCAGAACUGCUGAUCAAGCCAUUACAAUUGGCGCGCGGAGAUGAGUUGUUUGAGAAGGAAUUUGUCAACAUAUUGCAUGCCCUUCAGGUGCUGCACUUUUACUUUUGGAAGGGCUCUGAAUUGCAGACAACCGAGGUUAAAGAUCAAACUAACAAUGUGGUAUUGGUAACCCACUCACAACGGGAGAAAAUUCAUGAUCUAAAACUUGUAUUUCUGAAGGAUCAUCAGGUGGCAGAGACAUUUUUUGGGGAUGUGUCUCGUGGCAAGAGCAUGCAGCAUUCGUUUGAUUGGGUUAGUUUUUCUGCUGCGGUAAUUGCGUGGGAAGCUUAUACCUGCAAGUUAGUAAAAGAAUUGCUUAUGAGCUUACCGUACUGGAAAACAAAUCAAGCUAUAUUCUCUGAUCCCUCGGGAGGUCCUGUGGAACAUAACAUUUGUGGUUCUUAAUAUCAACCACUUUUGGUCCCUGAUCUAUAUGUGUAAGCAAUCCUUUGGUAUGUAGUCACUCUAUGAGAAAGCGUGAAAGAUGAGAAAUAUCAAAAUGAUAGAUCUGAUUUUUGUGGAUAUUUACUUUUGUAUCUAUAAUAGUGGUAAAAAUACUAA